AUGUGGCUAGAUACGGGUAUGGAUUUUGGUAACAAACGCGAAAAAAAUAUUAAGGAACUCAUUUAUCCGAUUAUUUUGGCCCCACUUGUGCUCAUCAUCCGUCAUUUGUCCGAAAAAUACAUUUUUGGGCCACUGGGGGUUUGGUUAGGUGGACCGGUUAAAACCCCACUUUUAACAAAAUUCACCGAAAGUGUUUGGAAAUGUUUGUACUUCACAUGCGCCUCACUCGGGGGCGCUAUAAUCCUGUGGCCCAAGCCAUGGUUGUGGGACAUAAACGAGUGUUGGACUGAUUUCUACAACCAGACGGUACCAAGCGACAUCUGGUGGCAUUUCUCCAUUUCUUUGACGUUCAUGUGGUCGUUUUUGCUCAGUCUCUACUUCGACGUGAGACGCAAAGACUUUUUUAUAAUGUUGGUACACCACAUUUCAGUCAUUAUUUUUGCGUGUCUUUGUUGGAAUGCCAAUUUUUUUCGCAUGUUGAGUCUUGGGUUGGUUUUGCACGACUGCUGCGAUAUUUUUCUAGAGGGUGCCAAAAUUGCUAAAUAUUUAAAAUGUCAAAGGAUGUUUCACACAUUUUUUGUUAUUUUCACCUUGGUUUGGGUGGUUACAAGAUUGGGUUUUUUCCCGUUUUGGAUAAUUAAAAAUGUCAUUUUGGACGUCCCUAAAAUUCUGCCAAACUUCACUUGUUUUGCCAUGUAUUACAUAUUUAUUGCCUUUAUGUUUCUUUUUCUCAUACUUGACUUUAUUUGGACGUUCUAUAUAUUUAAAAUGGCGGCCUCUUUACUCGCUAGAGGUCAUUUAAAAGGAGAUGCAAGAUCAGAUGAUGAAGAAUGAUUAUUCUAAUCAUGAAAAAAUAAAGAAA